CCUGCAAUUCAUCAAGCACAAAGCGAAAACACCUGUAGAGGUGCAUGGUGCGUUUGUAGGGGCUUUAUUCAAAUCAUCUCCAUAUAAACUAUCAACAGUAAAAAUCAGAAAUGGAUUGCGUGACUCAGAUUCUGCUCUUCCUUGGAUUCAGCCUCCACUCUUGCUCUCACUUUCCCCCCCGUAAGUACUACUAUGUUAACUUGGCAAAGAACUGGACCGAUGCUCAGCUUUACUGCAGAGGGAAAUACUCUGACCUGGCGACCAUUGUAAGCAUGGAUGACAUAAGCAGGCUACAACCUGCUUUCACCUAUUCAUGGGCAUGGUUCGGACUGACAGAUGACCCAAAAUCCUGGAGGGAUAGCAUGGGCAAUGACUCCAACUCCUGGAGAUCAUCAGCGACUGGUGAAACGAGCAAAACUGGUUACCAGAACUGGGCUGUAAGCGAACCAUCAAGCACAAAUGGAAAUGAAGACUGUGUGGAAAUGUACCCUAAUGGACAAUGGAAUGAUGCGCCCUGUGGAGCACUCAACAGUUUUGUUUGUUACAAUGUUACAAACCAAAACACGAAAACCUACGUGUUCAUCUCAACUUUGAAAACGUGGACCAACGCCCGUGACUACUGCAGACAACACUACACAGACUUACCGAUGAUCGAGAACAAUGUAGAAAACAAUGCGGUCUAUUCUGCAAAACCAGCCACUGCUCAACUUUGGAUUGGUUUGUACCGAGUGCCGUGGACGUGGUCCGACAAAACCCAAAGCUCCUUCACACAGUGGCGAAGUAGUAGCCCAAAUAACAAUGGUGGUAACCAGUUCUGUAACACUGAGAAUCCUCUCCAUGAAUGGGACGAUGACACCUGUUCAAUCAAGUAUCCUUUCAUUUGUCAUCAAGUUUCAAAAGUGAAGACCACUGUGAGGAUGAAGUUCAAGACUAGAGCUGACAUAACAGAUCCAGCUACUAACUCCCAGAUCCUCCAACAGCUGGAUGCAGAGCUAAAAAGACGUGGAUGGACUGACUUCAAGCUGCAAUGGAAGAUUCAGCCCAAAAAACAGGAGGAAGAGAAACUCACAGAACCUACAUUUGGUUAACAUGUUUAAUAUCUUUUUUAUCUGCAAAACUAUUACAUGAUAUAAUGAUUUUGUUGUGUUGUUAAUUAAGUAAUUUGCCUAUAUAAUUACGCUUCAGCUAUUAGAAAAUACCACUAUCAUUAAUUGAGAUGAUUAGGUUUUUGGUUGUGUGCUGCACAUUGUCCUGUUGUUGAUAUUAAAGUUGUCCUGGCGCACAACCCCAAAAUGCAUCAACUAUUUUGAUAAUCCAUUAAUCAUUUCAAUAAUUUUCCAAUCAAAGAAGAACAUUACUUAGACCCAAAGUGAAGAUUAGCUGCUUUUCUCUGUCUUAUAUGUCCGCAAACUAAAUAUUUUGAAUUCUGGUCAUGACAAUUGAAUAGCCUACAUAAUCUUGGAUUUUUUUUUAUUUAUUUUUUUACUAUUUUAUGAAAUUGUAUAGUGCAAAUGGAAUAAUAAAAUAAUCAUUAUACAUAAAUAAGCCCUACAACAAAACGUUUGUGCUUUCAUGUACUACAGCCUGAUGAAAAAAUAAUUGAACUAUUUUAAGCGCUGUGUGAUUUUAUGUGUCUUCAACGAUGAGAAUGAGUGUGUUCCUCGUUUGCUGUUAUAGUUAGUGAGUACAGUUUGGCUGUGUCCCAUUCUCCUUUAUGGGAUUUUAUUAAGCCGCCUACACAUGAUACGCAAUUUGCUCUCUGCGCACCGCUAGGUAGG